CCGCGCUGCACCGCCCCGUUGCUUCCUUGCAGCCGCGAGCUUUGGAGGCCGGGAGCGGUGGUACUUGGGUGGGCUGAGAUUUGUGCUGGGAAGGUCGCCGGACUUGGAUCGGAGCAGCACUUAGGAGACGCGGUGCAGUCGAACAGAGCCAUCAUGGGGACGACAGCCCCAGGGCCCAUUCACCUGCUGGAGCUCUGUGACCAGAAGCUCAUGGAGUUUGUCUGCAACGUGGACAACAAGGACCUGGUGUGGCUGGAGGAGAUCGAGGAGGAGGCCGAGCGCAUGUUCACCAGAGAAUUCAGCAAAGAGCCCGAGCUGAUGCCCAAAACACCUUCUCAGAAGAACAGACGGAAAAAGAGACGGAUUUCUUAUGUUCAGGAUGAAAACAGAGACCCCGUCCGGAGAAGCAGGUUGUCCCGCAGAAAGACGCGGAGCGGCCAUCAGAGCUCCCGGCACCUCCGCAGCAAGGACAAGGUGGAGAGGCUGGCCACAGUGGUGGGGGAGAACGGCUCCGUCCUGCGGCGGGUGACCCGUGCUGCAGCCGCAGCUGCAGUGACCUCUGCGGCAGCCACGCCUUCACCCACCCCUGAGUCUCCCACGGUGCUGACCGAGAAGCCCAAGGAGAGCCUGGCCCAGUGCCAGCUGGUACCCGUGGUGGAGAUUUGCAUCAACGAGCGCCAGAGCGCUGAGCAGCACAUCAGCCAGCUCCAGUCUGCCGAGGCUCCACCCCCCACCCCGGCUCCGGCCACAGCUUCGGCCUCCCAGAUGACCUUGACCUCAGAGGAGGACUCUACACCCCAGAAGCCAGAGGCCGGGAGACUGGAGUCUGUCACCAUGAGCUCCCUGAUAACUACACCCCAGGACCCCAAGGGCCGCGGGGUUGGAGCAGGAAGGUCCGCCUCCAAGCUCAGAAUUGCCGCGACCUCCCCAGGCCCGCAGGACUCGCCCAGCUCUCCGGCCUCCCCGUGGCGGGAGCGGGUGCUGGCCCCCAUCCUGCCGGAUAACUUCUCCACGCCCACGGGCUCCCGUGUGGACCGCAGGUCGGUGCGGCGCAGCCUGAUCGCCCCGUCCUCCCCGGGCCCCCAGGUCUCGCUGGCCCAGAAUUACUCCCUGGUUUCCAAAGAGAGCACCGUCCGAAGAUCAAGCAGAAGGAUUGCCAGGAAGGCCACCAAAGAGCCGGCUGCCUCCGCCCGCAUCAUCUGCCACAGUUACCUGGAGAGGCUCCUGAAUGUCGAGGUGCCCCAGAAAGUGAGCCCCACAGCGGAGGAGCCCAGCAAGGAAGCUGAGCCAGAGGAGGCAGCUGAGCCGGAGGUCCCCAAGAACUGUGGCAGCGCCUUGCGGCUCUGCAGUGCCACCAAGAUCGCCAUUAGCACGCCCGGCUCGCAGCCUGCAGCCGGUGGCCAGGGAACGCCCUCUGAAGGGCAGCGGGAGGCCAAGACUGACCAAGCAGAUGGCCCCAAGGAGCCGCCUCAGAGUGUCAGGAGGAAGCGCAGCUACAAGCAGGCUGUGAGUGAGCUGGACGAAGAGCAGCAGCUGGAGGAUGAGGAGCUGCAGCCCCCCAGGAGCAAGACCCCUUCCCCGCCCUGUCCCGCCAGCAAGGUGGUGCGGCCCCUCCGGACCUUCCUGCACACCGUGCAGAGGAACCAGACGCUCAUGACCCCGACCUCGACCCCUCACAGCAGCAGCGUGAAAUCCUUCAUGAAGCGCAACACUCCCCUGCGCGUGGACCCCAAGGCGAAGGAGCGGCAGCGCCUGGAGAACCUGCGGCGGAAGGAGGAGGCCGAGCAGCUCCGCAGGCAGAAGGUGGAGGAGGACAAGCGGCGGCGGCUGGAGGAGGUGAAGCUGAAGCGUGAGGAGCGCCUCCGUAAGGUGCUGCAGGCCCGGGAACGGGUGGAGCAGAUGAAGGAGGAGAAGAAGAAGCAGAUCGAGCAGAAGUUUGCGCAGAUCGACGAGAAGACGGAGAAGGCCAAGGAGGAGCGGCUGGCCGAGGAGAAGGCCAAGAAGAAGGCGGCAGCCAAGAAGAUGGAGGAGGUGGAGGCGCGCAGGAGGCAGGAGGACGAGGCGCGGAGGCUCAGGUGGCUACAGCAGGAGGAGGAGGAGAGGCGCCACCAGGAGCUGCUGCAGAGGAGGAGGGAGGAGGAGCAGGAGCGGCUGCGGAAGGCGGCCGAGGCUAAGAGGCUGGCGGAGCAGCGCGAGCAGGAGCGGCUCCAGGCCGAGAGGGAGCUGCAGGAGAGGGAGAAGGCCCUGCGGCUACAGAAGGAGCGGCUGCAGAGGGAGCUGGAGGAGAAGAAGAAAAAGGAAGAACAGCAGCGCCUGGCUGAGCAGCGGCUGCAGGAGGAGCAGGAGAAGAAAGCCAGAGAGGCCGCGGCGGCCAGCAAAGGCCUGAACGUGACCGUGGAUGUGCAGUCCCCAGCUUGUACCUCAUAUCAAAUGACUCCACAAGGACACAGGGCGCCCCCCAAGAUCAACCCGGAUAACUACGGGAUGGAUCUGAACAGUGAUGACUCCACGGAUGACGAGGCCCAUCCCCGGAAACCCAUCCCCAACUGGGCCAGAGGCACCCAGCUUAGCCAGGCCAUCAUCCACCAGUACUACCACCCCCCGAACCUUCUGGAGCUCUUCGGAACCAUUCUGCCACUGGACUUGGAGGACAUCUUCAAGAAGAGCAAGCCCCGCUACCAUAAGCGCACCAGCUCUGCCGUUUGGAACUCGCCGCCCCUGCAGGGCACCAGGGUCCCUGGCAGCCUGGCCUACAGCCUGAAGAAGCACUGAGCCAGGCCCUCGGGCCUGCUCAGCAGUCUCAGCCUUCAUCUGUGUCUGUAUGUCUGUGUCUCUGUUGGUCUGGUGCCAUCCUGCCUGGUAUCCUGUCGCUGAGGUUUCGGUCAAGUGUAUAUAAACUUCCUCUGUGGGCUGCAGGGGGAAAGCAGCUCUGGCCUGUUGGGAGGCUGAGCUUGAUGGGUGUUCGGGGAAGACCCAGGGCCAGCCGUGCCUGGUCUGCUGACAGCACUCUGUAAAUAGGUUGUUAGAGUUCAGCUGAAUUUUAGCCUCUAGUGUUUGAGAGCUAGAUUAAUAAAGUCUAUUCCUUCA